UUCUCCCAUCUCUUCUUUCUUGCAGGCAUCUUGCUGUUUCCAUAAGACUACUGCAAGAAGAGCUUGCUAUUCUUGCCUUCCUUCCACUCAAAGGACACGAAAAAUUGUGAAGCUGAAGCCAUUGCAUGCAAAUUUUGUUCAGCUUGUUUUUGUUAGUGAUGUCAUAUGAACUGCAUGCAAGUGUGAUCUUCUUCAUGGAAGCUUAGUAGAGGCCAUACAAGGUUUCUUAUUGAAGAAUUAGACUUCGCUUCAUUCGAACAGCGAAAUCGUCGACCUACUCUGUCUCAGCUUCACGUUAUCGACGUAUUUCAUCGAAAAGGUCUUAUAUUUUACACUGAGAAAUGGCACUUGCUCCAACUGUUGAAGUAGUUCUGGGCUCCAUUGCCUUUGGAAUUUUUUGGGUGCUAGCCGUUUUCCCUGCAGUCCCCUUCCUCCCUAUUGGAAGGACUGCCGGAUCUCUUCUUGGUGCUUUGCUCAUGGUCAUCUUCCGAGUGAUCACUCCAGAGCAAGCUUAUGCUUCUAUCGACAUCCCUAUCCUCAGCCUUCUCUUUGGAACUAUGGUUGUCAGCAUCUAUCUUGAAAGAGCCCACAUGUUCAAAUACUUGGGAUGGUUGCUUUCAUGGAAGAGCAAAGGUGGUAAGGAUUUGCUCUGCCGGAUCUGCCUUAUUUCGGCCUUGUCGAGUGCAUUAUUCACCAAUGACACCUCCUGCAUUGUGUUAACUGAGUUUGUUCUCAAGCUCGCAAGGCAACACAAUCUGCCACCCAGACCUUUCCUUCUAGCACUAGCAUCAAGUGCCAACAUUGGCUCCACUGCAACUCCUAUUGGAAACCCACAAAACUUGGUUAUAGCAGUCCAGAGCAAGAUCUCUUUUGGAAAAUUCUUCAUAGGAAUCCUCCCUGCUAUGCUUAUUGGGGUGGUCAUCAACAUAACAAUUAUUCUAUGCAUGUUUUGGAACACAUUAAAGGUAAAUAAGGUUGAGGAGGAGGUGAUGGAGGAAGCGGUCGAUGAGGAUGAAGUGACCUCUCAUACGUUCUCUCCUGCAAGAAUGUCACAUUUGACCCAAGAGGGAGCUUGUGGGGAUGAUGUUGGGAAGAGCAGUUCACGAGUGAAAGCAGCUUCUUUUAAAGUCCCUGAUAUGAAGAAACUCUUGAGCAAAAAGGCCAUGAUCUUGAAGGGUUGUGUUUAUCUUGUGACCAUAGGGAUGCUGAUCUCUCUGCUCAUGGGGCUAAACAUGUCAUGGACUGCACUUUCUGCUGCCCUUGCACUCGUCGUUAUCGACUUCAAGGAUGCUGGACCCUGCCUUGAUAAGGUUUCGUAUUCGCUGCUGAUAUUCUUCUGUGGGAUGUUCAUCACUGUUGAUGGAUUCAACAAAACUGGACUACCAAGUGCUCUGUGGAAUUUCAUGGAGCCUUAUGCCCGAAUCAAUCAUGCUAGUGGAGUGGCAGUUCUCGCCCUUGUUAUACUACUACUUUCGAACUUCGCAUCCAAUGUACCUACUGGCCUUGAUCUGGCUCCUGGAGUUCAUCAUCUCUGCACAGCUUCUCCACUUUGGACAAGGGGACCAUCUCCUAUUUCAGGCACAGGAUUUGCCAACAGAUAGGCUGCACAGACCAAGAUGAGAGACUUCUAACAAUAACUGACCCCACCGCUAGUUCUGAAUGGACAACGGCAAUUAACCGAGCUAAAUCAUCGUCAAUACUCAAUAUAGAUUUAUUCUGAGCCAGAUUUUGAGUCCCCGAGUACUGACACAAUACUUACUGGUGUCCGCACAACCAAUGGGCUGUUCCCAUGUCAGUACAGAAUUUUUUUCUAGAAGCUGUUUUAAUAAGAUUUCUUAGUCUAUUUAUUUUAGGUUUCUUUUUCUUUAUUUUUUAUUUUGGAUUCCUAUAUGGUCACUAAAGGACCCUCACAUGUUUCCUUUGAUAUACAUAAGGCCCUAGAGCCCUCUAAA